AUGCGCUGCGCUCUGCUUCUGCUGCUGAACGCGGCUGUCUGUGCGGCUGGGGCCCCGUUCAAUUGCUGCCAAAGUCUCAAAACCAAAGUCCCAGGUCAGGUUUUUUUGAGCAAUGAGGCUACAUAUAGCGAUCUCAAUAAUCAGCGCUGGUCCAACACGAGCAUCCUCGCACCUGGCUGCGUCUUUCAGCCAAAGACGGUUGGAGAUGUAUCCAAAGGCGUCAAGCUACUCUCGACAAACUCGUGCCCCUUUUCAAUCAAGUCUGGUGGCCAUAAUCCGAUCCCGGGUGCCAACAACAUUGAUGGUGGUGUUUCGAUAGUGCUUGGUGCUCUCAAUCAGGCUGAGCUCGCUCCGGAUGGAACGACUGUACGCCUGGGAGCUGGUGCUAGGUGGGGUCAGGUGUACAAAGCGUUCGCUGACAAAGGUCUGCUUGUUCCGGGCGGCCUGUGUGGAGGCACUGGGAUCGGCGGUGUAUCCACAGGCGGUGGAGAAUCAUACCUGCUUGCCAGCCAUGGAUGGGUUGUGGACAACGUAGUCAACUACCAAGUGGUGCUGGCUUCGGGCGCUAUAGUCGAUGCAAAUCAGAAGAGCAACAGUGCGCUUUUCAAAGCGCUCAAGGGUGGUGGCAAUAACUUUGGGGUUGUGACGCAAGUUGAUGUCACCGCCAUCAAGCAGCCCAAGAUAUGGGGCGGUUCGAUCCUGCUACCAUACUUUCCAGACUCGGCCAUUGCAUCUCUCAAUGCAAUUGUCAACUUCACAACCCUCAGCAACACGCUACCCAACAAUGGUGCGCAGGUGGUCAUCACGUACACUGCAACUGGCCAGGCCCUUAUUGCAUUGUCCCUGGCGAGCACAGACGGCACUGUCAACUCUACCGGUCUGGCUCCCUUGACAUCGCUUCAGCCUCAAAUCGCCAACACAAUGGGCCUACGCACGAUCGGCGAUAUUGUCACUGAACUCGACGCCAACCAGGCCGACGGAUUCCGCGACACGUCUGCAACCAUUACCUUCAAAAACGAUGCAGCCACCCUGUUCGCUGUCCACAAUGCAUCGGACCAAGUCUACCUCAAGUACAACAAGACGGUGAAAUAUCUGGAUUGGGUCAACUUCUAUGUGCCUACUGCCAGGAUCGACUCGACACACGCUGCAGCCCAAGGCGGAAAUGUGCUCGGGCUAGAAGAGAACCCAGAGGAUCUCAUUGUGGCCUUCAUAACGCCGCGAUGGAUCGAUGCUGCCCAGGAUGCCGCCAUGUACGAGAUGGCGAGGGAAUGGGUCGAUGCGGUCAGCAAAGCUGCCGGCGCAAACAGACAUCGCUUCUUAUACCAGAACUUUGCGGCUCCAUCUCAGAAGCCGCUUUGUGGCUAUGGCGCGAAAAAUGUAGAGUUCAUGAAGGAUGUGUCGAGGAGGUACGACCCUAGUCAGACUUUCCAGAAGCUGGUUCCCGGAGGGUUCAAGAUCAGCAAGGCUUGCUAG